AUGGCAGACACCUGUUUUUCUGGGCCCUGUGUUCCCACAGCCUCAGCCGUCUCUGUCUGCUCCAGUGACAUGAGCUGUGGCAGCAACAUCUGCCUGCCCGGUUCUGACACAGGCUCCUCCUGGCAGCUGGAUGACUGCCCAGAGAGCUGUUGUGAGCCCAGCUGCUGUGCCCCCUGCUGCUGCCCAGCCCCAUGCUGCACGCCAGACUCCUGCCUGACCCUGGUGUGCCGCCCAGUCUGCUGCGUGCCUGCCACCUGCCAGCCAGCCUGUGAACCCAGCACCUGCCAGUCUGUCUGCACCUCCUCCUGCUCUCCAUCAUGCUGCCAGCAGUUCUGCUGCCAAGCCCCUAGCUGUGCUGCCCCUCCCUGCUCCUCUGUCCCACUCUGCUGCAAGCCCAGCUGCUGCAUCACCCUGCCUGUGGGCUGCAAGCCCAGCUGCUGUGUGACCACAGCCUGUUGUCCAGCCUCCUCCUACUGCCAGCCCAGCUGCUGCCGCCCUGCCUCCUCUGUGUCCCUCAUCUGCAGGCCCGUGUGCAGCCCAGCUACCUGCUGUGUGCCUCUCUCCUGCAGACCCUCCUGCUGCACCACCAUGUCUUCCUCCUCUUGCUGCUGUGCACCCUCCUGCUGUCCAGCCCCCACCUGCUGCCGCCCUUCCUCCUCUGUGUCCCUAAUCUGCCGGCCCACCUGCUGCAAGCCCCCCUGCGGCACUACCAGCUGUGGUCAAAACUCUUGCUGUUGA